GGAAGUACCUAGGUUUCCAUGGCGGCGGCAGUGGCGGAGGCUCCGGCGCUGUGGCGGCGCCUGUUGCUGGAGUACUGGCCCCGGGGCAGACCGGUUUGGGCCGCCCUCCUGGGCCGCCUCUCGGACCGCCUGACCCGAGGCCGAGAACGCCGCGCUCGCAGGUCAUCAUGGCUGCUUUUGGCUCCACUGCUUGUUCCUGCUGCUCCUCAGCUAACAGUUCCACCUUGUUCCCUCUGCUCUGAGGGAUCACAUAGGUUUCAGUGGAUCAGAAACUUGGUCCCAGAGUUUGGAAUUGCCAGCUCUCAUGUCAAAGUGCUUUCAUCUCCAAUGGAAUUCUAUGAACUUAUGAAGAGACAGAUUAAGAUGGCCAAACAUCGAGUAGUUCUGGCUUCACUCUACCUUGGAACAGGACCCCUGGAACAGGAACUAGUGGAUUGCAUUGAAAUGGCUUUGGAGAGGUCCUUGCAGGGAUGUGGGACUUCCAGUCUUACAGUAUCUAUUCUCCUUGACUUCACAAGAGGAUCUCGGGGCCGGAAGAACUCUCGGACCAUGCUCCUUCCACUCCUGAAGAGAUUUCCUGAGCAGGUCCGUGUCUCUCUCUUUCACACUCCUAAUCUGCGUGGUCUUCUCAGACUCCUAAUCCCUGAGCGUUUCAAUGAGACCAUUGGGUUGCAGCAUAUCAAGGUCUAUCUCUUUGAUGAUAAUGUGAUCUUGAGUGGGGCCAACUUGAGUGACUCCUACUUUACCAAUCGUCAAGACCGAUAUGUGUUCCUUCAAGAUUCCCCUGAGAUUGCAGAUUUCUUUAGUGAGCUAGUAGAUGCUGUUGGGGAUGUGUCCUUGCAGUUACAGCAAGAUGAUACAGUCGAGGUGGUGGAUGGGAUGGUGCACCCUUACCAAGGAGACAAAGUGGCUUAUUGUGAAGCAGCAAAUAGGAGAGUGAUGGAAGUGAUCAAUUCUGCAAGGACCAAACAGGAGUGGCUGCACACUCAGACUUUCCAUAGCAACAGUGCAGAAGAAGAAAUUGCAUUGUCCACAGACCCAAAGGCAACUGGUGAUGGGCAGCCUGAACCAGACACAUGGAUUUAUCCACUAAUACAAAUGAAACCAUUUGGAAUUCAGAUAGAUGAGAUUGUCACAGAGACUCUCCUGAUGGAAGUGGAACGAGGUGCUAGUGUUUAUCUUACCACUGGCUACUUCAACCUCACAGAAGCAUAUAUGGACCUGAUUCUAGGCACCAGGGCAAAAUAUCAGAUCCUCCUAGCUUCACCAGAGGUCAAUGGGUUUUUUGGGGCCAAGGGUGUGGCAGGUGCUAUCCCUGCUGCUUAUGUUUACAUUGAACGACAGUUCUUCAGUGAGGUGUGCUCUCUGGGUCAGCAAGAGAGAGUCCAGUUGCAGGAGUACUCUAGGAGUGGAUGGACAUUCCAUGCCAAAGGUCUCUGGCUGUACCUGGCAGGAAGCAGUCUGCCCUGCUUGACUUUAAUUGGUUCUCCUAACUUUGGGUAUAGGUCAGUUCAUCGAGACCUGGAAGCACAAGUUGCAAUAGUGACAGAAAACAAAGCUCUGCAGCAGCAGUUCCAUCAGGAGCAGGAACAACUCUACUUGCGUUCUGGAACGGUGUCUUCCUCAACCUUUGAGCAGCCCAGUCGUUAUGUCAAGCUGUGGGUGAAGAUGGUGACACCUCUGAUUAAGAACUUCUUUUAAGAAGAGAGAGGCUGGUCCUUGGGUUGAAGGUCCAAACAUAAGUAGGACCUCGCAUACGUGUUUUGUACACAGGGCACUCAUACAUGUUCUUGGUGUCCAUGCGAUCCACAGGAAUGGCUUUAAUGAAGAUCACUGGCAUGGAGGGCGUCAAUUCCUUCAGGCGUGCGUCAUUGAUAACACCAGUUUGAACAUCCCAGCGGGCACCUGCAGCAAGACACGAUUGAAUUAUCAAGACCAGUCACUUCAUCUGAGAGUCUGCUUCAUUGGCAGCAAGUCCAGAGCAAAGGGAGCCCACCUUGACUGCCAGCCUUUUAUCACUAGCAGCAUGGCUAAAGACUGGGUGCCAUGGCUUGGAUGUGCCUUUCAAGCCAUCCCAGUAGAACACAUAAUGCAUUUACAAUGCUGUGAACAAGAUUUUUUUAAAAAAAAUCUCAAUCUUAUGUUGCCCUCAGCCUGAUACUGUUUGCAGUGUUCUUUUGUUAAAGAAAGCUGUAUACUGUCCCAUUAGUUCUUUCAUUUAGACUUGUAAAAAACAAUAAAGCCCACCUGUACUUA